UUGAGGAUCUCCUCAUAUAACAAGAUACCGGAGAGAAGAAACAUCAGAAAGGAGAAUUUCCAUGAUGGUCAAAGACGGAGACCGAUUAAGGCUAUUUUGUAUGUCUCAGGAGACGGGUUGCGUGUUGUUGAUCAAGAAAGUAGCCGGGGCUUAAUUGUCGAUCAAACUAUCGAAAAGGUAUCAUUUUGCGCUCCUGAUCGAAAUCAUGAGAAAGGCUUUGCUUACAUCUGUCGUGAUGGAACAUCAAGACGUUGGAUGUGUCAUGGUUUUCACGCAACCAAAGAAUCGGGUGAACGUCUAAGCCACGCAGUGGGCUGUGCAUUUGCAAUUUGUCUGGAGAGGAAGAAGAAGCGUGAUGCUGAAGCAGUUGCAGCGGCUCAAGCAGCUGCUGGCUUCCCGCCACUGGGAUGUUUUCUGCCUAUGUGGAAUUUCGCAAACUCGAAUUCAGCUUCCACUUCCUUCGAAAGAAAUGUCAAUCAUAGUUCCUUCCGUCGCUUGUCAAUAACGGAGCGGCUACAAGAUCCUCAAACUGCAAUCGUGCAGCAGCCGCCUGUUGCAUCUGCCUGCGCGUCAUCUGAAUUGCAUAUCACUCCCAAACCUCGGCCAAUCGGAAAUCCCCUACUUUUCGAAAGGCAGGGAUCGUUACGCGUGCUAGCUCCUUCUGUCAAUGGUGCCGCAGCAUUCAGACGGCAGUUUUCGCUUCGAUCGAAUUCCAGUUCUCCUAUCAAAAUGGUAAGUGCAUAUUCAUUUGAAAUUUUUGAAAAUGCUGUAGUGUUAAAACCAGUUUCAGAAUGCCGGCAUUGCAUCUGCUUUUGUUACAGUUCCCUCUGGUUGAUUUUGACUACACGUAUGUUGUUUUAG